UUCUAGGAGCAGAAUCUUUAUUCUAGGAGCAGAAUCUUUAUUCUAGGAGCAGAAUCUUUAUUCUAGGAGCGACAGAAUGUCCUCCUCGGUUCGGUUCGCUAUGUGACUGUGUGAAGAGCAGAUCUGAAUCCUGAGGAGGAAUCAUGAUGAACAACGCGCAGCAGCAGGAUAUUCUGUCGCCUGACUUCGUGUUGAUGCGUCUGGUGUCCGCGGCCGAGGACGACCGGCUGCUGGACCGGGAGAACGGGAACCUGCAGCCGGGCGGAGGAGGGAUGGGGACCGGUACCGGUAUCGGGCUGGGGAAGGAGGUGCUGGGUCUGUCGGGGCUGGAGAUCAGCAGAGAUCCGACUGCAGGCCUCGAGCAUCUGAACAAAGCGACGCCGAGCAGAGACUGCACGGCUGCACCUGACAUCGGAACCGGGCCCGGUACCGGUACCGGAGGUCCGGAGAGCCGAACCCCGCUGAGCCCUCCUCCUCCCCCGCAGAGCCCCCUGCAGGCCCCGGGCUUCAGCCCCGGCCUCCGGCCUCAGCUGCUGCUCUUCUCCAGCAUCCUGCGCACCGCAGACGGGAUGCUGGAGCUGGACCUGGACCGGCCCCAUCGGAACCAGCCCAGGGAUGCUCUGGGUCUGGGUUUGGACCAGCAGAGCCUCCCUGGGUCCGGCUGCUCCGGCCCGGCUGCUGUCAACAACAACACCCUGAGACCCGGAGUCGUUCUGCAGCCGGACCGGACCGCAGAGCUGCAGGAUUCUGCGGAGCUCUGCGGUCGGAACCGGCUCAUCAGAACCCCCCCAGACUGGCCCUUAAUGUCGGACAGAUCCAACCCGCUCAUGGUGGACUCUAAGUGGGGCUGCGCCUCCAGGGACCGGGACCGGGAGGGAGCCGUGUUGGAGCUGGCCCGGAGGUUCGGAGAGCUGGGGGUCGGCUCGGUUCCGAAGAUGCUGCUGAAAGCCGGAGAGUGCGCGUGUCAGGGGGGGGCACACAGACCGGCAGGAGGAGGACCAGAACCCGGGGAGGACCCCACAGAGACCAGCGAUGCUCUGCUGGUUCUGGAGGGGCUGGGCAGCGGGGAUGUAUCCGGACUGGACCUGGACCAGGACCUGGACCAGGACCCAGAGGACGAGGACGGACGCAGAGAGUUUCUACUCAACAGGAAAAGAGAAAUAGUCCAGAAGAUGUCCGGGUCUUUCUCCAUCAGCAGCUUCCAGGAGCAGCUGAGGAGGCAGGUGGAGGAGACUCACCUGGGCGGACAGGUGACUCACCUGGGCGGACAGGUGUGCAGCCUGCACGGCGGGACCGGGACCGGGAACGGGACCGGGACUCCAUCCAGCCGGCUCUCCGGAGACUCCCAGGUGGUCUCUCAGGUGUCAGCCACGUCACAGUCACACACACCUGUCCAGAACUCACCGUGGAUCACCAGCCCGAACCUGAGCCAGGUGUCGACCCCCAGCAGGAGGCGUGGUGGAGCGGACCGGUCACCCACCGGCUGGUCCGGGUCCGGGUCCGGCGGGGACAAGACGCUCAAAGUCCCGGUGAAGUCCAAAAAGGGCUCGUUGAAGAUCCGCCUCAGUAAACUGUUCCGGACUAAAAGCUGCAGCGGUUCCAACCACCUGCUGGACAAGAGACCCUCCGUGUCCUACUCGGUGUCUUCUGCCGGCAGUCUGUUGGACAUGGCGAGCUCACCUGGAGCUGAGGACGCAGACAGCCACAGCCAGCCCAGACUGACCCGGGCCCACAGUGCCUUCUCCCCUGCCUCCCUCGCUGCCUCCCUCUCUGCUUUCACCGGUGAGACCGUUUCUCUGGUGGAUGUGGAUAUUUCACGGCGAGGGGCGAACACGCCACACCCUCCCACGCCUCCUCCUCCUCCACGCCGAAGUCUCAGUUUGUUAGAUGACAUAGCCGGGCCUCAGCCGGGUCCUUUCCUAGUGAGCGUUAUGGGCGCCUCCCUGCAGUCCCUCCCCCUGCCUCUCCCUCCUCCUCCUCUUCCCUCCCACGCCACCAUCCAGCACAGUCUCAGCCUCAACGACGCCUUCCUCCGGGCCCUCCCUCAUUCCACCCCGUCGCCGGCUGAUGCUGCGCCCCCUUCCAGACAAGCCCCGCCCCCUAUGUUGUGCGCCCUGCGGCGGUCUGAAGCCAGCAACUUCACCGCCAGUCUGAGAGAGCUGGAGAAGUGCGGCUGGUACUGGGGUCCGAUGAACUGGGAGGACGCGGAGAUGAAGCUGAAGGGGAAACCGGACGGAUCCUUCCUGGUCCGAGACAGCUCGGACCCCCGAUACAUCCUGAGCCUCAGCUUCAGGUCGCAGGGAGUCACCCACCACACACGCAUGGAGCACUACCGAGGGACGUUCAGCUUGUGGUGUCACCCCAAGUUUGAGGACCGCUGCCACUCGGUGGUGGAGUUCAUCGAGAGAGCCAUCAUGCACUCCAAGAACGGCAAAUUCCUCUACUUCCUGCGCUCCAGAGUCCCAGGGCUUCCUCCCACCCCGGUCCAGCUGCUGUAUCCUGUAUCUCGCUUCAGCAACGUGAAGUCGCUACAACAUCUCUGUCGCUUCUGCAUCCGUCAGAUGGUCCGCAUCGACCACAUCCAGGAGCUUCCACUGCCCAGACCGCUAAUAUCCUACCUGAGUAAGUUUUAUUACUACGACCCCGAGGAGGAGACGUACCUGUCAAUCAAGAGCAUCCGGAGGGCGGUGGGAGCAGAUCAACAGGCCGAGUCGCAGACGUAGCAGCAGAGAUCUUCUCAGCUCAAGUUUCUGUAUGGAGGACUGAUCUGUACUGGUCUGCCAGUCUUCCAGCAUCAGCCAAUCAGAGUCCCUGGAUGUGUCUCAGUGUCUCCAGCUGGACUUGGACGGACCCGCCUCUCUCUUGGACUCGGACUAACAAAAAGGAUGGACGAGCGUUUGCGGCCGGACGGCGGGAAAACUGUCAGCGAGACGUUGAGAUGCAGAGGACGCCGCCUCGUCUUCAGACGGACCGCAGAGACGUUCUCGCCUGCCGAAUGCGUCUGUCGGUCUGAAACAAAAAAGGAGAAUUCUGAACUUGAUUUCCUCCUGAACUGGACUUCUAAAACACACAAUGCACUGGUCAGUUUGUACAACCGUUGUUUGCUGCCGUUUCCUUGUUUUUCCUUCCAUGCUGUCAAAAAGAGGAGAGAUAUACACACUGAGGCGGGGCGGCAGAGGCCCGGCGGCAGAGGCCCGGCGGCAUGAGGCCCGGCGGCAGAGGCCCGGCGGCAGAGGCCCGGCAGCGAGGGGGGUUUAGAGAGACAGGCCGCCAUGUUGGACGACCUUUAACCUUAAACUGGGUUUGAUUUUCUGCCUUGAAAUAACUACAUUAAAUUGUUAGCCUCAGAGCUAAUGAAAUGCUAAUGUAAAUUAAACGUAUCUGACAUAAAAUCAGUUUAAGAUUUAAUUCAAGACUUUAUUCUAUUUUGUUUUUUUACGUGGAAGGAUUUGAUGAAAUCUUUACAACCUCUCAUCUUAAACUUUAAACUCAAACAUCUCAACCUUUGGAUGGUUUGAUUUAGUCUGAUUAUAAUGCUGCCUUUAAAUGAAACUGGUGUUUGCAACACGGGAAGUCGUGUACACGAUAUUCUCGGCGUUCAAGUGGUUAAGUCGUGAGAACACCGCUGCUAAGCAACGGCAAUAUCAA